ACCCCCGCAGCCCUAAUCCGGGCUGCCAGACCCGGCCCGCCGGUCAGUUUCCUGUCAAGUGCAUCCGAGAAGCAGAAGAGCCAGGAAAGCAAAGAGAGGGGCGUUGGAGGUGCCCAUCCUCAGAGUCGGUACCUCAGCGAACGGUGGAAGAAGAGAAGGAGUCAGUGAGUGGGAAGGAGAAGGAAAAUCCUGUCACCAGACUGGCUCAGGAGCGUCGGAAAGACUGGGGCGCUCCGCGCCAUCGUCUUCAAUGCCUCUCUGAGCAGCCUUUAGGAAGAGUGCGAGAGAAAGAGAGAGAGCGCGCGCCAGGGAGAGGAGAAAAGAAGAUGAGGAUUAUUUGCAGACAGAUUGUCUUGUUAUUUUCUGGAUUUUGGGGACUCGCCAUGGGAGCCUUUCCGAGCAGCGUGCAAAUAGGUGGUCUCUUCAUCCGAAACACAGAUCAGGAAUACACUGCUUUUCGAUUAGCAAUUUUCCUUCAUAACACCAGCCCCAAUGCGUCAGAAGCUCCUUUUAAUUUGGUACCUCAUGUGGACAACAUUGAGACAGCCAACAGUUUUGCUGUAACAAAUGCCUUCUGUUCCCAGUAUUCCAGAGGAGUUUUUGCCAUUUUUGGACUCUAUGAUAAGAGGUCAGUACACACCUUGACCUCAUUCUGCAGCGCCUUACACAUCUCCCUCAUCACACCAAGUUUCCCCACGGAGGGGGAGAGCCAGUUUGUGCUGCAGCUGAGGCCUUCCUUACGAGGAGCACUCUUGAGUCUGCUGGAUCACUACGAAUGGAACUGUUUUGUCUUCCUGUAUGACACAGACAGGGGAUAUUCGAUACUUCAAGCUAUUAUGGAAAAAGCAGGCCAAAAUGGUUGGCAUGUCAGUGCUAUAUGUGUGGAAAACUUUAAUGAUGUCAGCUAUAGGCAACUCCUAGAAGAACUUGACAGAAGACAAGAGAAGAAAUUUGUAAUAGACUGUGAGAUAGAGAGACUUCAAAACAUAUUAGAACAGAUUGUGAGUGUUGGAAAGCAUGUGAAAGGUUACCAUUAUAUCAUUGCAAACUUGGGAUUUAAGGACAUUUCUCUUGAGAGGUUUAUACAUGGUGGAGCCAAUGUUACAGGAUUCCAAUUGGUAGAUUUUAAUACACCUAUGGUAACCAAACUAAUGGAUCGCUGGAAGAAACUUGAUCAGAGAGAGUAUCCAGGAUCUGAGACCCCUCCAAAGUACACCUCUGCUCUAACUUAUGAUGGAGUCCUUGUGAUGGCUGAAACUUUCCGAAAUCUGAGAAGGCAGAAAAUUGAUAUCUCCAGGAGAGGAAAUGCUGGGGAUUGUCUGGCAAAUCCUGCUGCUCCAUGGGGCCAGGGAAUUGACAUGGAGAGGACACUCAAGCAGGUCCGCAUUCAAGGGCUGACAGGGAAUGUUCAGUUUGACCACUAUGGACGUAGAGUCAAUUACACAAUGGAUGUGUUCGAACUGAAGAGCACAGGGCCUAGAAAGGUUGGCUACUGGAAUGAUAUGGAUAAAUUAGUCUUGAUUCAAGAUGUACCCACUCUUGGCAAUGACACGGCAGCUAUUGAGAAUAGAACAGUGGUUGUAACCACAAUUAUGGAAUCCCCAUAUGUUAUGUACAAGAAAAAUCAUGAAAUGUUUGAAGGAAAUGACAAGUAUGAAGGAUACUGUGUAGAUUUGGCAUCUGAAAUUGCAAAACAUAUUGGUAUCAAGUAUAAAAUUGCCAUUGUCCCUGAUGGAAAAUAUGGAGCAAGGGAUGCAGACACAAAAAUCUGGAAUGGGAUGGUAGGAGAACUUGUUUAUGGGAAAGCAGAGAUUGCUAUUGCUCCUCUGACAAUCACUUUGGUUCGAGAGGAGGUCAUUGACUUUUCUAAGCCCUUCAUGAGUUUGGGCAUAUCUAUCAUGAUCAAAAAGCCUCAGAAAUCUAAACCAGGAGUGUUUUCCUUCUUGGAUCCUCUGGCCUAUGAGAUCUGGAUGUGCAUAGUGUUUGCCUACAUUGGUGUCAGCGUGGUCUUGUUCCUAGUUAGUAGGUUUAGUCCCUAUGAAUGGCACACAGAAGAGCCAGAGGACGGAAAGGAAGGACCGAGCGACCAGCCACCCAAUGAGUUUGGCAUCUUUAACAGCCUCUGGUUUUCCCUGGGUGCUUUUAUGCAGCAAGGAUGUGACAUUUCACCCAGAUCCCUCUCAGGUCGAAUUGUUGGCGGUGUUUGGUGGUUCUUUACACUCAUCAUUAUAUCAUCUUAUACUGCUAACCUCGCUGCUUUCCUGACGGUGGAGAGAAUGGUCUCGCCCAUAGAAAGUGCAGAAGACCUGGCUAAACAAACAGAAAUUGCCUAUGGAACGUUGGAUUCAGGGUCAACAAAAGAAUUCUUCAGAAGAUCAAAAAUAGCAGUGUAUGAAAAGAUGUGGACCUACAUGCGAUCAGCGGAGCCAUCGGUGUUCACAAGGACUACAGCUGAGGGAGUAGCUCGUGUCCGCAAAUCCAAGGGCAAAUUUGCCUUCCUGCUGGAGUCCACUAUGAAUGAAUACAUUGAGCAGCGAAAGCCCUGUGAUACGAUGAAAGUGGGAGGAAAUCUGGAUUCAAAAGGCUAUGGAGUAGCAACACCCAAGGGUUCUUCAUUAAGAACUCCUGUAAACCUUGCCGUUUUGAAACUCAGUGAGGCAGGCGUCUUAGACAAGCUGAAAAACAAAUGGUGGUACGAUAAAGGUGAAUGUGGACCCAAGGACUCUGGAAGCAAGGACAAGACGAGUGCCUUGAGCCUGAGCAACGUAGCAGGCGUCUUCUACAUUCUGGUUGGCGGCUUGGGCUUGGCAAUGCUGGUGGCUUUGAUAGAGUUCUGUUACAAGUCCAGGGCAGAGGCGAAGAGAAUGAAGUUGACCUUUUCUGAAGCCAUAAGAAACAAAGCCAGAUUAUCCAUCACUGGGAGUGUCGGAGAAAACGGCCGCGUCUUGACGCCGGACUGCCCAAAGGCUGUACACGCUGGAACUGCAAUUAGACAAAGUUCAGGAUUGGCUGUCAUUGCAUCGGACCUACCAUAAAAACCAAAAAAAUAAUUGAGUGCCUUAAUAAAACUGUGUCGGUGACUGAUGGAGACGCAGCCCUGAGGGACACGCCGCGCGCGCGUCUUUGCUAAACCAACCGUUCCGCUGAGAGAGGGAGGUACGUCCGAACGCGCCGGGCAUCAGCAGCUGCAACGUGUGCAUGAGCUCAGCUCGGAAACCCAAACUCAGAUUUUAUAUCAGGAAAACUCACAAUUUAGAUUUUUCGGGGAGUGGGUGGGGGGAGUUGGGAUGGGUGUAUUAACAGCAACAAAUUUCACUCGAAUGGACUUAAAGACUAAUCAGACUUGCGAGUUAGCGCAUUAAACUGUGACGUUCUUGCUCAGAAAGCUGUUGUCUUCACCACAAGGGAUAAAAUAGUUAUAGAAGUCAACCUGCUAACCAGUGUCUCCAGAACACCCAUGUAUUCAAUGGAAGAGUAUCCAGCUGAGAAAACAAAUCACUAAACUGUGAGAAGAAAAUAAUAAACAAACAUGUAAAUCCUGUGAAAAAAUUUAAAGAAAGUAUUUGUACUUACUUUGGAGAAAACAAAUACUGAAACAUGCUUGCUUUUUAACUGCGUAAAUUCAGUAGAGGAAAACACGAUUCUUUUUUCUAACCAUCUUAGGGAACAAUACAUUGCAAUAAUUGAUAUAAAUACCAUCACUGUAAUAAACUUUAGAGACUUUUUUUAUAAGAGUUGUUGGUCAUCUUCUUGUUUGCUAUAACCUUCACUUUGUUACAUGAGUCGGUGUCCACAGAUUGCAUUUGUCUCACUACCAGGAACAAAAACAAAAAGAAGAAAAUGUUACCGUAAAAUCAUCAGUCUGCAAUGUAGAUUCAAAAAAGACUACGGGUCACUCAUGUUAUCGAUAUUAUUUAUAAACUUGUUCUGUGUACAAAAUUGUGGUUUUUGUACCCACCAAAAAAGAAUAAAAUGAGAAGUUCUUACAAUAUCGACAGAGCUUCAAUUUGUUUUCUUAACAUUAUAAUAGUUAUUUGAGAAAUUACAAGACUAUAGGAAGGAUUGUUGAAGUCAAGUGAUGGGCCAUAAUGGAAAAUGUAGCUAGUCUUUAUUAUUUUUGCAUCCUAAGUUACCCUUCUUUUACAGAUCUUUGACUUGUUAGUAAGUUAAAUUGUCAAAGAUGGAGUUUUUGAGUUGGGGAACAAAUCAUUGUCAUAAUAGCAACAUAUCCUGUUAUUGUGUAUUGAAAUUUUGCUUGACUGUAUUUUGCUGCAUAAAAUUAUGUGUCUCUUGGACUUCACCCCCAUCUCCAUUGCUCUUUUUAAAUCAUUUGAAGGCACUAAUAAUAGUAGACAACAAAUAAAGAAUUAGUCCUCGAUGGAAAAUGUAAGAAAAUUAUACCCAUGUUUAUUUAUUUAAAAUACUUUAUAUUAUGUAUGGACUAAAUUAACACAGUUCAAGAGAAGGUUUGGUUCCUUUGACAUAAUAAAUAAGCAUCAUAGUAGGGAAAAAGUCACAGUACUUAGGGAUCUUGGCAGAAAGCACAAGUUCGAAAAUUUUAGAAGUCUGGCCUUGAAAAGAUGGGUUGAGUUUCAAUAAAUGAAGGUGCUAAGAGUCUUCUGGGUGAGCAGUAGCCCAAAGCCGUGCUUGUCCAUGGCUUGUUUAAUGAAUCCAUUCAACUGGAUGGGCUAGUGAGAGCCCAGGGUGUGAUACCAUGGGAGAUAUAUUUGGAAAAAGUGAACAAUUGAUCUCUCUGCCUCAAUGCUUGAAAUCUAUCCCCUCCAUCCAGUCUCUGUGCUGCAGUAAGAAUAAUCUUAAAAAGUGCAAAUCUCGUAAGUCACACACACACAGACACACACACAGACACAUUGUUUCCUCAGGAAAAAUUCCAAGCUCUUUAACAGAGCACAGGAGUCCAUGACCUGGCCCUUGCUUAUCUCUCCUCCUCCCCAAAUUAUCCUGCCCACAAAUGAAACUCAACUGCAGCUCAUGGGACACUGCAUAAACUAUUUCCUCAGUCUAUAACACUCUUUCUUGUUUCCUUUUUACCUAACUUGUACUUAUCCUUCAGUACACAAAUCAAAUUUUACUUGCUGUGGGAUGAUUCUCAUGACUAUCUACCACCCCCUACGUAUGAGACUAAGUAGGGUGCCCUUCUUAAUGUCUUCUCCCAUCAUGGCACUUAGCAUACUGCAUUGUAAUUGCCUGUGUACUUGUCUGUAUAACUAUUAGACUGUAAGCUCCUUGAGGGCAGGGACUGUGUCUAUCUUGUUCACAGUUGUGUCCCCAGCACCCAGCACAGUG